AGGGCUGGACUCUCCUCAGAAGGUCCGGCUCGUCUCAGCUGCCAGAUCAUCCACCAGCUGAGCUGCCUGACUGACCCUGAACUGUAAAACCUCACAGGUGUAGAUUGACAACAAUAUAAGCAACUAUUAUUGGAUCUAUGGAUUGACCACGGCUAUACUUUACCCAAGACCAGGACCUCCGACUGCAGAUCAGGAGAUGUGACGACCAGAAGUAAAAAUGGAACCAAUCAGGAAAGACAUGGAGCUCCUUAGCAACAGCAUGGCCACCUUCGCUCACAUCAAAGCCAACCCAGAAACCUUCGCCCUCUACUUCAUGAUGGGUGUGUGUUCUGGGCUGCUCCUGGCCCUCUGUCUCCUGGUGACGGUCAUCGCCUGCAAGACCUGCCAGCGUGCCCGCACCCCGCCCCCGGCCCACCGGAGUCAGCUGAAGGAGAGAGGGGAGGACGAGAGCUCAGAGGGGGACAGCAGUGAGGAGGAAGACGUCUCCAAAGUCCUGGUCAGCCCACUGACAGACCGCAGCCAGACAGGCAUGGUGAGGAGCGUGGACGUGUUCGCGUCUGCGGAGGAGCUGGAGAAGGCUCGGCGUCUGGAGGAGAGGGAGCGCAUCAUCAGGGAUAUCUGGAGGAACGGACAGCCAGACAUCCUGGUCACAGGAACAGGGACCGUAGGACGGGUACACUACCACUAGGACACUUCUCUUGUCCUGACCAAUCACCUCACACUUCCCUGGUCCUGACCAAUCACCUGAGACUUCCCUGGUCCUGACCAAUCACCUGAGACUUCCCUGGUCCUGACCAAUGACAUCAGAGACUGCAGAAGACAAGCUUCAUUAGAUAAGCUCACUUCUCUGAGCCGUGAAGCUGUAUAGUCAGAGAUAUUAUGUAUGGCUGUCCUGUUUCUUCAUAUACCACAAAGUUAUGCAUUUUGUAAUUCUGCAUAAUAAUACAUAUUUCUAUUUAAACAUGAUGUAAAAUCAUGCUGUGUCCUUGUAUAUUAAGUAUUUGAAUCUUGAAUACUUUACUUGUCAUCCUUCUCCCACAAUCCCAACAUCAAUCUUCCAGACUAAUAUUAGCAAGUUUCCCACACAAACCCAACAUUCUUUGGCUCUUGUCAGCCGUCUUCUCUGACCCUGUCACUUCCUGUGUUCCCAUUCCACAGUCCCAUAAGCCCCUCUGUUCCAGCUCCAGCGAGGCUGGCCUCUGCUCAGGGCUCCAGCGAGGCUGGCCUCUGCUCAGGGCUCCAGCGAGGCUGGCCUCUGCUCAGGGCUCCAGCGAGGCUGGCCUCUGCUCAGGGCUCCAGCGAGGCUGGCCUCUGCUCAGGGCUCCAGCGAGGCUGGCCUCUGCUCAGGGCUCCAGCGAGGCUGGCAUCUGCUCAGGGCUCCAGCGAGGCUGGCCUCUGCUCAGGGCUCCAGCGAGGCUGGCCUCUGCUCAGGGCUCCAGCGAGGCUGGCCUCUGCUCAGGGCUCCAGCGAGGCUGGUCUCUGCUCAGGGGCUACAGCGAGGCUGGCCUCUGCUCAGGGCUCCAGCGAGGCUGGCCUCUGCUCAGGGGCUCCAGCGAGGCUGGCCUCUGCUCAGGGCUGAUGAAUAGGCUCCUGUCCCACAUCAGAUACUCCAGGGCUGCUCCUACUGUAGAUCUUACCAAGGCAGUGUUUUCCUAGCGCAGCAUUCCGGGUAAACUUUGCCCCAUGGGAUACGUCUUUUUCCUUCUGAUAGUAAAUAAAACGCUUGGUUGUUUUGUG